AUGUUAAUUUUUAAUCAGGAUGCCACCCUCUAUGGGCACACAGAUCCUAUUAAAUGGUGGGCGCGAGAGCCUUAUGCCCACCAUCGGUAUAGAGAUACGGAAGAAGAUCCGUACAACGUCACUAAAAGAUUUAUCCACGCGCACAUAUUAUAG